AGCCAGCGCUCACUUGUGGCUCAGCCGGCCUCAGCCGGAUCGAUCCGAUCGAUGGCGGUGGAAGUGCUGCCUUUCUACGGCCAUGCGAAGAAGGCCGACUACGCGGAAUUCAGCAACUUCUGGGAGCAUAAGGUGAAGAUUCCCUUCACCUUGCCGGAAUAUGCCAGAAAGCCGGGCUUUCCAGAGACGAUCUACAUCAGCUUCAGCGAAGCAGCCAUCAUGGCGGUCAAGGCAGCCAUGUUCGGCGACAAAGCGAACUUUGAGCUCAUCGUCAAGGCCAAUACGCCAGGACAAGCAAAGGCCCUCGGCCGCAAGGUGAGGAACUUUGAUGGCGCAGUUUGGAACCGGCACUUGGAGGAGACGGCCUUCCAAGUUGUCUACCAGAAGUUCAACUCCUCAUCAGCGCUGCGGCAACUUCUGCUGAAGACAGGCAACAAGCUAAUCGUGGAGGCCUCUCCCAACGAUGCCAUUUGGGGAGUUGGCCUCAGCAAGAGUGACCCCAGGAUUUGGGAUCCAGCCCAGUGGCAGGGGAAGAACGUGCUGGGCACCGCUCUCAUGCAGGCAAGGGAGCAGCUGCGCUCUGGCACCCGGGAGGUGCCGGGGUCGAGCUCCGCGCAGGAGGC